AUGGCCGUACCACAUAAUCAAAGAAGAAUAAUCAUUCCCGCACGAAUUCCCAGAAUCGUUAAUCAAAGACAGAAUCGACGUGCACCACCUCAUAGAGUCAUUCAUCAUGGACAUCGGCUCAACGCAAACAAUGAAACAUUGAAUAUAAUUGCAAAUCUACCUACACAAGUGACCAAUAACUUCAGUAAUCUCGCCAAUGUCGACCAUUUAUUGGUCGAAGAAUUCUUCAAUGGUUCUUCAUUCGUUCAAACUAUCUUUUGA